AGAUGCCCGACGAUCAAUAAUCCAGCUAGCAUCAACAUCCAUCUAUCUCCCCAUACUUCCUCCUACUCCCACACUCACUCCCAUCCCACACACCACACCACACAAUGACCGACGACGAAGAGCGCAUCAAAGCCGAGAAGCUAGCCGCCGCAAAGAAAAGGGUGGCCCAACUCCAGAAACAGAAGAAGAAAGCGAGCAAGAAAGCGGCGAGCACGGAUAUUACGAAAGAGGUGAAUGAGUCGGCGUCGAGUACGCCUGAACCGGGGCUUAAGGAUGCUGGGGAUGCGCUGACGUCGCCGGUGCCGGUUGAAGAGGGGAAAAAGGAGGAGGAUGUAGCUGCUGCUGUUGAGGGUGGAAAUGCGAAGGAUGAGGCUGAGAUCAAGUCCGAGUCACCGGCUCCUGCUCCGGUGGAGGAAAGUACACAGGCCGAAGCACAACCACAACAGGAAGAAGAAGAACAACAACAACAACAACAAGAACAACGCGACUCAUCCCCCACUGAACCCAUACCCUCCGCGCCCACUUCACCGGGCCCCGAAACCGAAGCCCAACCCGCUAUCACAACUACGAAACCUGAGCGGUCCGCCACACAUGGACGCCAACCCUCGCUCUCGAUCCAGUCGAAGAUGCGGUCGUCGUCGUUUCGGAAGGGGUCCGUGUCGCAGGGCAGUGCUUCGCCGGCGCCGUCUGCGUCGUUGAAGUCGCCGUCCCUGCCGCCGUUGAGUGCGGAUGGCGAGGCCGUGCAGGAGGUGUAUCGCAAGCAGUCGACGCGGAUUGAGGAGCUGGAGAGGGAUAAUAAGCGGCUUGAGAGGGAGCUGGAGGAGACGACGGGGAGGUGGAAGAAGACGGAUGAGCAGUUGGAGGAUUUGAGGGAGGCGAGUGUGGAUAUUGCCGAGUUGAAGGAAAGGUUGAGCAAGGCGGAGGGGUUAGGGGGGGUUGUGGAGGAGUUGAAAGCAGAGAUCGCGUCCCUGCAGCGACAGAAUUCGCAUCUGCAAACCCGCACGCACCGGAAUACAGCGAGUGUCUCGGUGCCGGCGCCCUCGGAGUCCCCGCCAGCGGAUCUGGUACAGCAGCUGGAAUCGAAAUCGGCUACGAUCGAGGCGAUGGAGCUAGAGAUCUCGCACCUUCGCGCGCAGCUGGCCUCGAGCAGCGCCCACGAGACCCAGAUCGCCGCGCUGGAGGAGAAGUUAUCCGGGAGCGAGUCCGCCCUGGAGAAGACGCAGCGCGAGCUAUCCGAUACGAAGGGCGCGCUGACCCGCGCGUCCGAGAAAGCCGUCAGGGAGGGCGUGGAUAAGACCUCGACGGAGACCCUCAUCAAGAGCCUGCAACGGGAACUCGACGAACUCAAACACGAGAAAGCUGAGACGGACAAAAAGACCGACACCCUCGAGAAGAAGCUCGAAGCCAUGGGCAACCUGCACAAGGAGUCGGAAACCCGCCACCAGACCCGUCUCCGCGAGUCCGAGAAGACCGAAAAGGAAGCCGCCGUGCUGCGCAAACGCCUCGCCGACGUCGAGAACGAUAACCUCCGUCUGAAGGAAGAGCUGGAAGCCCUCCGUAAACGCCAGUCCGGCGACGGCGGCGCCGACGACGACGCCAUCGACGACCUCGAGGACGAGGAACGCUCCCGUCUGCACCGUCGCAUCCGCGAUCUCGAAGGCGAGGUCUUCGACCUCCGCCGCGGCGUCUGGAAGGAACGUCGCGAUGAACUCGACCACCACCAGACCCAACAGCACCAAAACUACUCCCACUACUCCCCCGAAAACCCCGCCACCACCUCCGUCUCAGCCGCCAACACCUUCGACGACGUCGACCUCAUCGGCGGCACCCCCGACCACGCCCGCCGCCGUAGCAUGGCCAUGGCCAACUCCAACGCCAGAUCCACCCAACACUCAUCCUUCUCCACCGUCCUCUCCAGCGGCAUCGCCGCCUUCACCGGCGGCAACAGCACCAGCCACAGCCACAGCCACAACAGCACCAGUGGAUCCGUAACCCGUGGCCGCGCUGCCUCCAACCAGACGCACCAUGUCCCUGCCGCCCGCGGCAGCCUGGAAUUGCUCUCUGAGGAGAACUUCGAGGACGAGUUCGACGAGGCGGAGUUUGCGCGCGCGCAGGCCGAGGAGGAGGCCCGGAAACGCGUGCAGUGGGUCCGUGAGAUUAAGACCAAGCUGAGGGAUUGGAAUGGGUGGAGGUUGGAUUUGGUGGAUAGUAGGGCGGGCGCGGAGGGCGCGGGCGUGGGCAUGGGGGAGAUUUUUGGGGUUUAGAACUCUGUCUCUAGAUUGAUAACUGAUACCCAGGUCUCUCUCUGCCCUCUCUACCCUCUCUACUCUCUCUACGCUCUCUAUGACGGAUGGAGGGAUGGAUGGUUGGUUGGUUCGUUGCGUUUUGUCCUUGUAGUUAUGAUACCGUGGGGGUUCGGUUGAAUUUAUUGUUUGUUUGUAUGUAUGUAUGUAUGUAUGUUUGUAUGAUGAGGGCUUACUGAGUUAGCUAGCAGGCUAGCUACUAGUUAGUAGACUAGCUGGAUUGAUGGGAGGAUGGGGGAUGGAGUACUUACUAGGUAUAGGUAUAGGUAUACCUGGGUGGCAUGAUAUACCAAGC